UUGUCAAAUUGUCACACGCAAAGUCAUACGCGUCGCCAAUGUGAUAGUGAGCGAUCGUUGGAUAGCUGUUAUCAUUUCUGUUUAUAAAUGUGGUGCGUUUAUGUGAUAAUGAGAAACCACACGUUGGAAUAUCUAAUAAUUAAGUGAUAAGUGCUUUUUAAGUUCAGUGUGCAGUUAAAAAAUUGUUGUUUUUUUGUAUGUCACCGGACUUUCAACAUGGCGGCGGCGCGACACAAAUCACAACAGAAAAACAUAUCGUCGAUAUUUUCUAAGCUGCACGGAGCCUUUUCUGACGCCGUGUGCCCUACAAAAUUCGCGACUGACAAAAGAACACUGGACAAAACUUGGAAACUAAUGGACAAAGUGGUGAAACUGUGUCAGCACCACAAAAUGAAUUUAAAAAACAGCCCACCUUUUAUUUUGGACAUUUUACCGGACACAUAUCAGAGGUUGCGCGUAAUUUAUAAUAAAUACGAGGAUAAUAUGCAAGCGUUGAAUAGCAAUGAACAUUUUAAUAUAUUUAUAAAUAAUUUGAUUCGCAAAUGUAAACAGGCUAUAAAGUUAUUCAAAGAAGGCAAAGAAAAGAUGUUUGACGAAAAUUCACAUUAUAGGCGGAAUUUGACGAAGUUGAGCUUGGUGUUUAGUCAUAUGUUAAGUGAAUUAAAGGCUAUGUUCCCCAACGGUACAUUUGCUGGUGACCAGUUCCGUAUAACUAAGAGUGAUGCUGCUGAGUUUUGGAGGACCAACUUUGGCAACAGCACUCUGGUGUCAUGGAAGAUAUUCCGAGAGGAGUUGAACAACGUGCACCCAAUAUCCUCCGGUCUGGAGACGAUGGCGCUAAAGACGACAAUAGAUCUGACAUGCAACGACUUCAUAUCCAACUUCGAGUUUGAUGUCUUCACGAGGCUAUUCCAACCGUGGAGCACCUUACUCCGCAACUGGCAGCUGCUAGCGGUGACACACCCAGGCUACGUAGCCUUCUUGACCUACGACGAGGUGAAGGCUCGCCUACAAAAGUACAUACACAAGGCUGGCAGUUACGUGUUUCGGUUAUCCUGUACGAGGCUCGGGCAAUGGGCGAUAGGCUAUGUGACGGUGGACGGAGAGAUACUGCAAACGAUACCGCAAAACAAAAGUCUGGUGCAAGCGCUGCUCGACGGGUAUAGAGAGGGAUUCUACCUAUAUCCGGACGGUCGCGAUAUAAACCCGGACCUAAGCAGUGCGAUUAUAUCACCGGCCGAAGAUCACAUCACUGUCACACAAGAACAGUACGAAUUGUAUUGUGAAAUGGGAAGCACGUUCCAGUUAUGUAAAAUCUGCGCGGAAAACGACAAGGACAUUAGGAUAGAACCGUGCGGACAUCUGUUAUGUACACCUUGCUUAACCGCUUGGCAGAUUGACUCGGAAGGGCAGGGCUGCCCGUUCUGCCGCGCGGAGAUCAAGGGCACGGAGCAGGUCGUCGUGGACGCCUUCGUGCCGCCGCAUCGUCUGCACGACCGAAACAACACAAAGACUGCAGUGAAGCCGGUGUCGUCGAAUUCGUCAGGAUCCUCAGGAUCUUCAGGAUGCAAUGGUUCUAGUGUAGACGUGACGAUAUCAAGCAAUUCAAACGGUUGGACGUCGAGGAAUACGACGUUCAACGGACUGACAGACGACAUAGACGAUGCCGAGGACUGGGCAGAAUUCAACGCGGCGACGUCCACCAUCGACGGGCUCCGCCCCUCGCCGCGCUCCCCCCCCGCGUCCCCCCGCCACUCGCCGCGCCCCGCGCGCCGCACCCCCGCCCCCUCUGAGAACGCGUACGGGGAGCUGAGAGCUCCUCCGUUACCUCCGAGGAAGAGUUUGUCGCCGGCCGAACCCACUAUUAUAGCUGCGCCGAGCGUGCAAGAUAUUGCUACGGCUAGUGCUCAAGAACCCAGAAGGCGGUCCUCGCUCGAACCAGAGCCUGAUUCAAGGCAUCGCCUAACAUCUGUGAUCACAGGCUCCACUGAAACUAUAUCCGGGGUCAUUGACACCAGGCACGAGGUGCCACCCCCCGACCCCAGAGCGUUCGAGAAGCCGAGACGCUCUUGCACCCCCCAAUCAAACUGUAGACCACUCCCCGCCCCUCCCCCCGAAAGACCACUGGACGACAGACAGCCUGAAUCUAACAAAAACCUAUCCGAAAGUCAAAACAAACACGCAGAUACACACGAAAUCAAAUUGCCAGAGCGCUACAUACCUGAAACUAAACAUCUAGAUAAUAAACGCAUAGAAAGGACAGAUAGACUAAUAGAUACCAGAGACAAGCCUCCAGAUAGACCAGAGUAUAGACAAAUACCAGAACGGUAUGAAAGACAAGAAUUGAAUAAAAAUAUCGAGAGAAUUGAUAGAUCUAUAGAUAAUAAACAUGUAGAAAAUAGACCAGAAAGAUAUGAUAGGCAAGAAAGACAUGUACUAGAUACUAGAUUAACAGAUAGAAGUCUAGACAACAGAGUGCCUUUAGACAGACACAUUGAUAAAGAGAAUAGAAAUAACGAAAAACAAAUACCGUCAGAAAAUCGACAAUCAACAGACCACGUGCUUAAUCAUAAGUUUUCUGAAAGCAGGAUAGAUGAUAGGCCAACACACGGGCAAGAGAGAGAUAGGCAUAUAGAAUUUAGACACCCGCCCGAAAGGCCGCCGGAUAAGCCAAUCGAAUCAAGAUCUAGUUUCGAUAGGGAUAAGGUUGAGAAUCGCGCGCCGCCCCGACAGCGUUCGUUACCGUCGACGACUAGCGGUGGGGUUGAUAAUCAUCCUACCAAGUCAACGACUAUGCCUAAGUUUCCUUCAGAAGAUGCGAGUGACCCUCAGUAUGAAAAUGUGGCUGUGGAGAAGAAUGAGUUAGCCGUUGGACCAAAGAAAAUCAACCCGCUAACCCACGACAAGCACGGGCGAAAAUACGGCGACAAUGUAUCGUACGAAAACAUAAAUUUGGACUACAUUGCGCGUUUAGUUAGCGAAGGCUACCCCAAGGACAUUGUUGUAAGAGCAUUGGGUAUCACUCGAAACGAUUUAGAAAUGGCUUGUGAUAUAUUACAUGAGUUUGGGUCGAAAAUACCCAAUAAGUGUUAGGUAUUAAAUCAAGCGUGCAACUUAUGAAAUCUAUAGUACCAGUUAUUUUUUAAAUAGAAAAAAGUACUAUUGUUUAAAUUUAAAAGAAAAUCGGGCACGGUCGUUUGAAACUUACUUUUGUCUCUUUCGUACCUACCAUCAGGGAAGAGAGAUAAAGUUAAAAAUAGUUGUACAUAUUUAUAUUUUUUUCUCCAUAUGAAAUUUUAACAGAAAUAUGGAUUUUUGAUGUUUUAUUUUUAUUUAACUUACGGGGUAAAACCGAACUUGAUUUAGAAAAGUAUCACAUGUAGUCUGAAAAUGUGUGUUUUAUAUCUGUUUCGGUUUACUCACAGGAAAAUAAGGCCAAGGUUAGAACGAAUAUAAAAUCACGAUUUCGUUAUAGUAUGGAAAGUUAUUUAAAGAUAUCCUAUAUAGAUUGAAAUCGAAUAAUUAUCAAAACUAGUGCCUCGCUUUUCACGUCUUCGAAAGGUGUAUAAUAAAAAAUAACUCAACUUUUUGCUGUAGAGUAAAAAGCCGGUUGGAUAUAGGUGUCUGACAGUUCACUAUCUACUUAUAAAAGGCAUUUUAAUAGGCAACUUUCUAGUUUUCCCAAAAUUUUAAAUGUAAAAUAAGUAUACCUAUGCUAGAAAAUUUUUUGUCUAUUUUGACUUCAUUGAAAAUAUCGGUGUGUUUUUUAAAUAAUUUGAUAAAUUGUAAAUAAUUUUUGGAGCUCUGUUCAUAUAAAGAUUAAAAUCAGGGUCUUUUUAAAGUUUAUUUCUCUUGUAUAAAUAAACACAUUUUCAUAAUUUUUACAACAGUUUUUGUGAAGUGGAAGCAUUUUUAUGAAAAUAUAUAUAUAUAUAUAUAUAUAUAUAUAUAUAUAUAUAUAUAUAUAUAUAUAUAUAUAUAUAUAUAUUUGCAACUGCCGUUCCUAUGCUAAAAUGUAACAAUCUGGCAAUCUACAGUAAAAAUCUUCGAUAUAUUCCCGCGUAAGGCUAUGGAAAAAAUUUUGGACCAAUCCAUUAAUAUAAAAAAAUCGGAAUCGGAAAUCGCUGAGUAAUAAAUAGAAUAAGACAGUUUUUUUGUUAUCAACACAAUGUCAUAAUCACAUAUAACAAAAAAGCAAUCUUUUAAGCCCAUUUUUUUAGUAAGAUCAUUGUUUACUUUUGUUACAACUUCGUAUAAAAGUAAUACCUACCUACAUUUGUUAUAUCAUUCCUUUUUCCAGUUUCGGAAAAUUAAAAAUUAACUUUUUUUUUAAAUUACAGUAUAUAUUUAAAUAGUCUUUGAAUUUGAAUCACAAGUAGAUAUUGUGGAUUGCCAGAUUUGACGAUAUAAACAUGAUAAUACUUAGGAGGAUAAUCUUAGUCAUAAUAAGACACUUGAUCAGUAACAAUUCGAUAAUAAUAAUGUUACAUUAUAACUUUUAUAAAGUUAUGAAAUAGAAGCGGAAAAAAUUCUCAUUAUAUUCUAACAUGAGUAGUUAUUUUAAAAUCACCUAAUAUCUAAUUAUUUUUUUUGUGACAACCCUAUUGAUUACAAUAGGGUUGUCACAAAUAUCUUAAUAUCUCAGUAUAGGUACUGCAUAUUAUAUAUAUAGCAUGUUUGUCUUAUUCACAUUAGAAACACCUAAUAUCGUUUUAUACUAUUUGACAAUAGAAAAUAUUAUUAAAGUAAAAAAAAGUGGAAAAAGAUAAUCACUAAUUGAUAAUCUAUAUUUCCAUACUAUGUAUUAUAAACGCAUAAAACUGUCUGUCUCGCUUUAACACCAAAACUGAUGCGCCGAUUUAAAUUAAAUUUAGUAUAGAUAUAGUUUAUGAUCCUCGGUAAAACAUAGGCUAACGCGGGCGAAGCUGCGUUCACGCAUAAAUAAUGUAAUAUUAUUACUUAUUGAUAUUGAUCAAUGUUUCUGAAUCACCCAUCCACUGCAAUAAUACAAGUGAUCUAUAUAGGAGAUAAGAUUUUUAAUGUAAUGUAACCGAGCUAUGUACCCUGCGCACACGUUGACAUUUUUAGUAUCUUUGCCAUAACGUUAAUUUAUUAGUUCGAUCUUGUAUAGUCUGUUUCAUGGCAAGGCGGGAAAUUUCAUAAUGAACAAUUAUAGUUCAUUUCAAAAGUCUUUAUUAACAAGUAGGACAGUUCCGAUAAAAUGUAUGAAGCAAAACGUGCAAAACUUAUUUUCAAACGUUUUGGGAUAAUGCCGUCAACCCUGGUCUUUUGUCCCACUCACACAUGCUUCGUACCCUUUCACAUGCACGAACUGUGUCCAACAUUUUGUCCGGAGUGUCCGAUUUGUGCGUAUAUCUACUAGAAAUAAACUAUAUUGUUUAUAAUGUUGUCAUUUUAAUCUACUACAAAUUCCAAACAAAACUUCAUGGCUCUUAUAGAUUUUUUAAUUACAAUGUUCCUUUAAUUCAGUAUUCAUCCUUUCAUUCGCGCUAUAUGACAUUUGUAAAUGUAAAUGUAUAAUAAAUUACUUAUAUUUUCAUAUAAAAAUCGCUGUUUCAAGGUAUACUUAAAAUAGUUUCUCAUAUAGAAUAUAUUUUUUCAUAUAAUUAUUAUUAUUAUGUGUAUAAAUUAAAUACAAAUUUUGACACUUCGACUUAUGACUCUGCAAUAUUUAGCAUACGUAACUGUUUGAAUUGUUAUUGUAAAUAAAUAACGUUUGUUAUAUUCGGGAGUAAAACUUUUUUGGUAACAUUUUUUCCUUCGUAAAUCUAACGUUUUAUAAAAAUAUAAAUUCAAAAAUUUCGUCUUGUUUUCAAUACUCAAUAAUCAUGUUUUGUUUUCAAUACUCAAUCAAUCAUAAAGUAAAAUAUAUAUCUUGAUUAAUUAUAAUCUAAAAAAACAAUUCCUCAUGUUAAGGUCAUAUUCUUGUCGAACCAUUGAUAUUGAUACGAUUUUUUAAAUAUAAUUUUCGUAAAAAAGGUGACUUUUCCACAAGAAUUUAUUACUCCACGAAUUAUUUUUCUUCUCUAAAAAAUUGUAGACGCCAUUUAAAUUUAAUUAUUUCUGCUUAUAAUUAAUUAUUUUAACUGCGAACCUGACUGAUUUUAGGUUAUGAUUUCUAGUCUUAGCUCUUUGUUAUUAUAGAUAUGAAAUAUGCAAUGGAAUACAGAAGUUCCCUACUUAUUGUACACUUAUAGAUAUAAAUUUCUUUAAUUAAAAAACAUCAAACCAGUUCUGAAGCGGGUUUACAUAAUAAUUAUAUGUUUCACAUUAUUUAUGUUUGUUUUGUCUCCAAAACAUAUGUUUUGUCUUGGUUCCAAUAUUUGAGUGAACUUCUUUAUAUUUCUGUAAUAUAUAUAUCCGUAGCUAACAUUUUGUAAUUACCUACCUUAUAAUGUACCCACUGACAACUAGAUAAAUUUAAGAUAUAUACCACCAGUUGCUAGUCAAAUUCGACUUGUCGAUACGACAGACUUUUUAAGAUCAUAGUCGACUUAUAUUCAAACCACCCGGCAAAAUCAUGUGCAUUGAAUAGUGAGCUUUAUUGCGUCCGCUGUAGAUAUACUUUACAUUGACAACACAAUGAUAGUAUUUAAAUGCUUUUGUUAUACAUGUUAUUUAAGUAAUUUUGAAAAUGAUAAUACAAGGUAAGAUAUGCCCGUGGGUUUACCGCGAUUCCCGCUUUUUCAUCUCUUUAUUAUUCUCCAUUAUUUUUCAUCUCUUUAUUAUUCAAAAAUAAUUAUAAUAAUUUUGCUGGUUGGAAGUGAAGGUAUAAGUCGGGUAUGACCUUUAUGAGUGUUUCGUUACUCAUAAUAAAGUCUCGUGUACAUUUACGGAUUUAAACACACUACUUAUGUUAAAUAUAUUUUUUAAAUAUUUUGUCCGUGUGCACAAUUGCACAUGCCUUUCUUCUCUAUUCCUAAUCAUAAUAAUUGCAUAAUGUAUUUUUAGUUUUUUUUAUUCACCGGUGCAUUCGGAUUUUAAAUAAUACUAUCAUGUACCUUUGUCAUACUACAUUUUGACCGAUGUGAAAUUUCACGCUGUUUUUUUUUUUAUUUUUUUUUUUUUGAAAAAUAAUACGAACAGCUGAUACUAAUAUUAAUGCCAAUGUAAAAAUUUACUAUGAAUAAAUUUAAGUUUAGAAAAAAAAAUUAGCAGUUGUAAUCUCGCAAUUUAUCUUAGCUAAUUAAACGCAAAAUUUUUCUAGAGACUAGGAGGAAAUACGUUAAGUAGCAAAGUUCACAAUAUUUUAAUACAUUUUUCCUUCUAGACUUAAAUAAACGAGUUAUUUAUAAUUGCAAUUGACAAUGUUAAUUUAAUGUAUUUUAUUUUUAUUAAAUCAUGCAUAAUAAU